ACUUUGACCCUGCACUUCAGUCCUGGCUGGUGGGCAGAGGGCUGAAGACAAGACAACCCCAGAACCAGGGGCCUCCCCUCCCUCAGAAAAUAGGAUCCUACGCCUCCAGCAGCAGUCUGGUCUCUCCACAGUUCAGCACCUCUGGCUGGCACUAUGCGUGUGGUAGUGAUUGGAGCAGGGGUCAUCGGGCUGUCCACUGCCCUCUGUAUCCAUGAGCGCUACCAUUCGGUCCUGCAGCCCCUGGACAUGAAGGUCUAUGCAGACCGCUUCACCCCUCUCACCACCACCGAUGUGGCUGCUGGCCUCUGGCAGCCCUACCUCUAUGACCCCAGCAACCCACAGGAAGUGGAUUGGAGCCAGCAGACCUUUGACUAUCUCUUGAACCAUGUCCAUUCUCCCAAUGCUGCAGAAAUGGGCCUGACCCUAAUCUCAGGCUACAACCUCUUCCAUGAAGCCGUUCCAGAUCCUCCUUGGAAGGAUACAGUUCUGGGAUUUCGGAAGCUGACCCCCAGAGAGGUGGACAUGUUCCCUGAUUAUAGCUACGGCUGGUUCAACACAAGCCUGCUUCUGGAAGGGAAGACCUAUCUGCAGUGGCUGUCAGAAAGGUUAACCGAGAGGGGAGUGAAAUUCUUCCAGCGGAAGGUGGAGUCUUUUGAGGAGGUGGCAAGAGGAGGCGUGGAUGUGAUUAUCAACUGCACCGGGGUGUGGUCUGGGACUCUGCAACCAGAUGCUGCGCUGCAGCCAGGCCGGGGGCAGAUCAUUAAGGUAGAUGCUCCUUGGAUGAAGCACUUCAUUGUCACCCACGACCCUGAGAACGGCAUCUACAAGUCCCCGUAUAUCAUCCCAGGGAUCCAGACAGUUACUCUUGGAGGCAUCUUCCAGCUGGGAAACUGGAGUGAAAUCAACAACAUCCAGGAUCACAACACCAUUUGGGAAGGCUGCUGCAGACUGGAGCCCACACUGAAGGUUGCAAGGAUUGUUGGUGAAUGGACUGGCUUCCGGCCAGUACGCCCCCAGAUUCGGCUAGAGAGAGAACAGCUUCACGUUGGACUGUCAAACACAGAGGUCAUUCACAACUAUGGCCAUGGAGGCUACGGGCUCACCAUCCACUGGGGCUGUGCCCUAGAGGUGGCCAAGCUCUUUGGGAGUGUCCUGGAAGAAAAGAAGGUGUCCAGGAUGCCACCAUCCCACCUCUGAAGACUCCAGCGACUGUCACCUCCCCCACCAUGAUCCCCACUCCCCUC